AUAUUUUAUGUAAAAAAAUAAUAAAAACAGAAGAAUAAUAAUCAAAUUUGCAGCUAAGUUUGAAAGUGUCUUGUAAGCGCAUUUGUGUCAUCAUCCAGAAUUAUUUAUGAGCUGUAACAAAUUAAUUUGUAGAUCUAAGUUGCAUUGAAAAGCGCUCGGAAAAACAAUCGACUGUCACAAGUCUACGCCAGUGAGUCACCGCAGCUGUCACAUCAGCAAAUGAUAAACCAACCCAACCUAAAUAUGGCGUCCGACGGCGAUGAUGUGAUCACAGACCAGGAAAAGGUCCGAAUAGUUUCGGAUUUUAUCCUGCAUUCUCCGCCUGGAGAGUUCAAUGAAGUGUUCAACGAUGUAAGGAAAUUGCUAAAUAACGAUGACCUGCUGAAGGAAGGGGCCAGCGGGGCGUUCGCUCAAUACAACAAGGACCAAUUGACCCCCGUUCGGAUCGAAAACGCCGAUCAUUUAGUGUUAAUUACAGAGUACAACGAUUUAGGAAACAACAGAUUCUUCGAUCCCAGGUCUAAGCAAAGCUUCAAGUAUGAUCACCUGAGGAAGGAGGCAUCCGAUUACCAACCGUACACGCCGGACAGCGCCGCAGAACCAUGGCGCUCCGCCCUCGACGCCGAAUUCAUUCAAUACACUAGGAACCAUUAUAAGGACGGCGUUUGCAGUGUCGUUUCGAAGAACCAAGGCGGCGGUUCGAUCACCCUCACCGCUUGCAUCGAGGACCAUCAGUUCCAGCCGAAAAACUUCUGGAACGGUCGAUGGAGGUCACAGUGGUCGGUUUUCUUGAAUGACAGCUCCACUGCAGAAGUUCGCGGAGUCUUGAAAGUACAAGUACAUUAUUACGAAGAAGGAAAUGUACAGUUAGUCAGCACAAAGGAAAUUAAAGAGUCCGUGUCAGUGACGAACGAGGCGCAGACCGCCAAGGAGAUCGUUCAGAUAAUCGAAACAGCGGAAAAUACUUACCAGACGGCGAUCUCUGAAAACUACCAAACGAUGUCAGACACAACAUUCAAGGCUUUAAGGAGACUCUUGCCAGUGACACGUACAAAAAUCGAUUGGAACAAAAUUGUCUCUUACAGUAUUGGAAAGGAAUUAAAAACCCAAUGAUAAGCAGCAGAACUGAACUUCAGAAUAAUUGGCUAUCUUGUGCCGUCGUCUUGUUAUCGCUUAGGAAUGUUGUGUACAUAUUGCCAGAUCUUGUUAAGUUUAUGAUAGAGCAGGGAUAGCCACUGUUUAGUCUAAUUAUCAACAUUUAAUUUGCUUUUUUAUACCUCCUUUAGAUUAUAAGCUUUGUUUAAUUUGAUUUUUUAUUUCCACAGUAUUUAAGGAAAAAGGCCCAGACUAGCCAAUAGCCUUCAUUGACCUUAUUCCCAUAUUUCUAGGUACUAUGAUAAUUUUAUUUAUAUAGAAUUCAUGUUUUUAUAUUAAAUCAUUUAUUAAUUAAUUAAACUAAAUAUAUUUUAUAUUCGUUUACAUAUUUAGUAGGUAAUUAUAAAUAUAUUAAAUAAAAAUUAAUAAAUUUCCUAUACAUGUCUAUCCCUGUUUUUUAUUUCACAUGGAAGUUGUGCAAUAUCUAUGCCACAAACCAAGCUUAUUAUUUUAAUUUAAAACUAUUGAGGUUUAAGGUUGCAAAAAGCAUCUUUCAUUUCAUCUAACAUAUCUGAUUAUUUAUGCGUUUAUAUGAGCUGCAGUUUUUAGAAAGCAUUUCACUUUAGACAGUCAAAUAAUUUGGUGCCGUUAAGGAUCAAAUAAUUUAUAUCUUGUUAGAGUCAAUCAUUAUAAGGGUUAUUUUUAAAUAAAAAGUUUUUAUUAUA